UCAAUAACACAGAUGGUGUCAUCGUUUCUAUUCACGGAAUUGUACGUCAUUAAAAUGCGCUGGAACGAGAGCCCAUUUUUGGCCUUACUCCCCUUGCAACUCCAACCAGGCUCGCCCCCACCUGAACAUGUCGUCGACAAUCAAUUCCUCAGACAAGGCCGUAGAUAACAAGACGGAGAGCGUUCCGGAUAAGGAGGAUGAAUCUGGCGAAGACCUUCUUGACAUGGCCACUUUUGAUCAGCUGCUAGACAUGGAUGACGAAGAAGACCAUGAGUUUUCCAAAUCGAUCGUCUGGGACUAUUUCAAGCAAGCCGAAGCCACCUUUGAAGAUAUGGACGGAGCACUUGAGAAGAAGGAUCUCUCGGAGCUUUCUCGGUUAGGUCACUUCCUCAAAGGUAGUUCUGCUGCUAUUGGCCUCAGGAUGGUCAAGGCAACAUGCGAAAAGAUCCAAAACAUUGGCAACCUCAAGGAUGAGACUGGUAUCUCUACAAUUGAUUCAGAGGAAGCAUUGAAACAAAUCGCACCUCUACUCCCUCUGGUCAAUAAGGAGUAUAAGGCAGCCAAGAGUCACUUAGAAACGUUUUAUGAAGAACAAGAGACCCGAUAAAUAUAGCGCGCCUUUUCCUUUAGUUACCUUCCACCCCAUUUCAAUCUCUAAAAAUCACUAGUCCAACUUACUUCUAGCUUAAGUUGUGGUCGCUUCUUCCUUUUUCUCUGCCAUACCUUUUAUUCUCAAUUCUAAAUCAGAACAACAAACCCAAACAAAAAGAAGAAAAAAAAAGAAACAAUGAGAAAUUUGCUCACUGUCAUAUUUUUGCUUCAAGGGCAUGUAGUCGCUCGAGGAUCACAGCUUUCUAUAUUUUGCCACAUCUCCUCUUUUU